UUAAAGGGUUCUGUAUUAAAGAACAUAUCAAAUUCACUCUUUUCUUUAAACAGUCAACUACUUUACUCUCAGUAAAUUAUUUUUGACAUGUGGUUGAUUUUGCCUUGCUAGUGCAAAAGAAAUAAACAAAAACACUGAAACCCUUCUUCACAACUAUUGACAUCAAGGGAAUCGGACAAACCCUGUCCAAAAAACUGCAAUCCUUCUCCACAACCAUUGAGACAGGAUAAUAACUUAACACCAACUACCGCACACACUACACCAACAUUUUUUAGGACACCACCACCACAAGCAUUCAAAAUUCAAAACCAAAUUAUAAGAGGACUUGGGAACAAAGUGGACAGGCUUGACCAUAUCACAGCUGAAACUCAACCUAGCACUGAAGGAAUAACACCUCAGAUACUGAAAACUAAACUUAAUGGAAAGGAAGAUAAGAAACUUGUAGUAGUAUACCAAAACAUAGAUGGAAUGAAAGAUAAUAUCGAGAGGCUUACACAAAAUGGGAAUCUACAGACCACCUCAAACCAAUCUAGAUGAUUGAACAGACGUAAUCUCAACGGAACUAGAUAAAAUCAUAAACCUAAACAACCCAAUAGUUAUAAUGGGGGACAUAAAUGUGGAUAAUCUAACAAACAACAAAUAGAAACAAAUUUUAGCAGAGGCUCUAGAAGGGAGGCUGAGAAGACUAGAACUGCCACUUACAAGAGUCACUCAUCAUAGCUCGACCUCUAUUGCCUUCAUCUGUACGAACCUUAACGAAGAUCACAUAGCGUACAACGGGACUCUCUGACCACAGUGCACAAGUUUGUAGUAUUACAGCAGAGGUACAAAAUACCACCUUCAAUGUGAGUAAGCGAAGGAUCAUCAAUAAACACACAAUGAAGAAGCUAGAAGACUCCUAGCAGCUCAAGACUGGACCAAUGUCACAGCUAGAGAAAAUACUGAUGGUGCUUUUGAAGGUGCUAUGCGAUUUGUAAUGGAUAUUGCAUGCCCAAACAAAGUGAUAAAAAUGAGAAACAAAGAAUCAAAAAAGGACUAUGGGAUACAGAAAAUGAAGAACUUAAAAUAUCCUACCUGGAGGCACUAAACAGAAAAAUCCUCACAGGAAAUGCCAACGAUAAAAGAAAUACGGCACUCAUUAAGAAAAAUUAUGACCUUAAACUUAAAGACCUGAGGAAAAAGCAAAAUGUUGAGUUUAUAGAACAGGCUGAAAACAAAUCCAAGGCUUUGUGGAAGGAUAUAAAUUCUUAGAGAAAGGUGAAACACACUGCUACCUACAUAGACAGCUUGAAUGCUAAUGGAGAGAUUCAUAACUCACUAAAAACAUUGCCAAUUUUUUUAACAAAUUCUUUGCUACAAUCGCAGAGAGGACACUGGAACAAAAUAAAUUAUCUAAUCAAAGUCCAACAGCUGAAACAACUCAAAGGUUUCCUCAACACUUCCCUAUUCCUAACCUACAGCUCUAUGACAAGACAGAAGAAGAAAUAAAAAAAGUCAUCGACUCAAUGAAACCCAAAACAUCAUCCGGUGUAGAUGACAUCCCUUCCAAAUGAAUUAAAUGUUGUAAGGACGAACUAUUCCUCUCAAGGACUUAAUCAAUAAAUCUUUUAACGAAGGCAUCUUCCCGAGUAGUCUGAAAACCGCGAAAGUCUGCCCUAAAUUCAAGAGCGGUCAACAUAUAGAAGCAGAGAAUUAUCGCCCAAUAUCUCUCAUUUCAAAUUUCUCAAAAAAUUCUGGAAAAAGUUGCCCUAAAUAGGCUAAUGAACAUCUCCAACAACACAACCUUCUUACCCCCAAACAGCAUGGCUUCAUUAGGAAAAGAUCAACGGCAACAGCAGUAAUACAACUACUUGAAAAUAUAAUAGAUAAACUGGAACAAGGAUAUAUAGCAACAACGAUACUGCUGGAUUUCAGCAAAGCAUUCGACUGCCUUGAUCACAAAAUGAUCAUCAAAAAGCUACAAAAUCUUGGUAUUAAUGGAAAAGAACUUCAGUGGUUUGACAGUUACCUCAGCAACUGAAAACAACUGGUAGAGAUUACAUAUAAAGACAACCAAAUAAUAAAGAUAGCAAAAUCAGACGUUCUACCAAUCAGUAAAGGAGUGCCCCAGGGAUCGGUCCUUGGCCCUGGCCUAUACAUUCUUUGUACAAACGACUUUCCAAAUUACCUACAGAACCUCUGUGAAGCAGUGAUUUUGCUGAUGAUAAUGCACUGGUUGUUGCAAAUAAAAAUAAAGAACAACUGGAAGUAGAUACUUUUAUAGCCUUCAACAUGGCCAGACAAUACUGAUAUCAAAAUGAUCUAGUCCUAAACGAAAGCAAAAGUUACCAACUCAUUUUUACACCAAAUCGAAACCACCACUAAGGGCUCCCAGAAAUUACUACAGUGAAAUCUAGUAAAUAUUUAGACAUAAUAAUUGAUAAUAACCUUACAUGGGAACCUCAUCUAGAACAGCUCCGCAAGAAACUUAACUCGGGAAUUUUUGUUACACGAAGAAUUAAACAGAUAAGCAACAUAAAAACAGCCAUGACAGCAUACUAUUCACCUUUCGAAUCACACCUGAGGUAUGGGCUGAUAGUCUGGGGAGGAACUAGUGCCACACUCUUUCAAAGAAUCUUGAUAAUACAAAAAAGGCUGUAAGGACACUUAAGGGCCUGAUUGUACGGGAUACUUGCAGAGACGCCUUCAAGGAACCCAAAAUACUGACUGUAGCAUCACUCUACAUCCUUGAAACUAUCCUAUACACAGUGAAGUCUGGCCAAGCCAGAUUGGGAGACCAGCACCACUACAACACAAGACACAGGCACAACUUCACACUAAAUAUACACCACCUCAGCCUCUUCGAAAAAAGCCGUCCUACCGAGGCGCUGUCUUCUACAACUGUCUGCCUGAAGAAAUGAAGAAGCUACCAGUGAGAAACCUGAAGACAUCACUGACGUAGUGGCUGCUGGACAGACUUUUCUACACCCUGCAAGAAUUUCUAAACUGGAGGACUUAGAAGAAAAUAACAACCUAUAUCAUUUGCUAAAUGCUUUUUAUUUUAUAUAUUGAUUAUUUUAUUGUAUCUUGACGCAAUACUGUACUCUAUGUACAUGUAAAUAAAGUUGACUUUCACUUUGACUUUGAAAAUUUUAGUGUAAUUUAUUUUUAAAAGGUUUUGACACAUAAUAUUAUGAAAUUGAAAUCCAAACUGUAGGACUUCAUAGUGAAAGUAAUGUAUAGUGAGUAAUGGUUUUUUGUGUAUUCCCCAUCAUCGCCACUGUUACACAAGAACCUGGCUCAAAUUACUGAACGAAGCCCAGUAACUGUCUUGACAUGGAAGAGAGAGAUCAGUACAGUCCUAGCAGAUGGGUUGUGCGCGUACAUCCAGACCAAGCUGUACCUUUGCAUCUCGAAGUUGUUACUAAUGCAAGUAUAACAGCUAGAAAAGAAGUACCACAUCUUCUAGACUUGCAGUAUGGUAAACGGAAGUAUCAGCAUAUUGAUCUUUAUGGCACAGAUUUGCCAAAAGAUUCACCCGUGUUUGUAUACAUUCACGGAGGAUUCUGGCAGAUGCUCUCCAAGGAUUUAUCUGCUUAUACUGUGAUACCGUUGUGGAAAGCUGGGAUCAAAUGUGUUGUCGUGGACUACGACCUGGUACCCUCUGUAACACUUGAUGCCAUAGUUGAAGAAAUUAAAGAGCUGGCUGUUUUUGUUCUGAAUAUGGCAAAAGAAAAUGGCUCUAAAAAUGUGUGGUUUGGAGGACAUUCUGCUGGUGCUCAUCUCACAGCCUCACUACUGGAGCCUGAUUGGUUCAACUCUCUGGAGCCGGGACUGAGACAGCUGAUAAAGGGAGUGGUCCUUAUCAGUGGAAUCUUUGACACCACUGCUCUCAUCCAUACCUCUGAGAAUGUAGCUCUACAGCUGACAGAAAAAUCAGCUCUAGAGCUAAGUCCGAUAUUUAAAGAAGGCAAUUUGGAAAUAUUAGGAGAGUUUAUGGCAUUGGUUGUUGUUGCGGAACAUGAUUCCCCAGCUUUCCACAACCAAUCUCAACAGUACAGUGAGCUACUUAAGAAGAAGAAUAUUAAAACAGAAUUUCUAAAAUUAUUAAAUACAGAUCACUUUAAUAUUGUAGAAAAUCUCCAAAACUCUAGUUUUGAGUUGACAACAAAAAUUAUUGAACUAAUUAAAUAGUAUUUUUGACUA